AUGAGCGUCCCGGAAUGGGCGAAAAACGAACAAUCCAUUGAUGAAGCGAAGAGUUACUUGCGCCAGGGAAAUUCCGUGGAUUUCUUUGAGCUGAUAUCCAGCUCUGUUCUCAGAGAGCACCCUAACGACAUAGCAGUCUUCUGUUUAGAGUUGGUGCAGAAGAUUGCAGACGGGAAAGAGACCUCAGUGUAUGAUGAAUCCCAUAAGAAGAAAGUAGAGGACAAUAGGUAUGUGCGAGAAAAGAACGUCUGUGAAUUUCUUAAUGAGUGGAUUUUGGCAUUGCUGAAGGAGCGUCCAACGACAGAUGGUGACCGCAUCGAGUUUCACAAACGAUACCUGCAAUCAGUGAUAGCUGGCGGAAGCGAUCGUAAUGGGGGCGCAGUAAGUGAAGGGGAAGAAAAACUGCAAGCUGAGGAAGGUGAAAGCCAGAAGGCAGAGAAUCCAUGA